CACACACUAAGUCUGGCAUAGUUCGUUUUGUUUCAGUAUGUUGCAUUGAAUGUGGCUAAUAUUAUGCUGAUUCGAUCACAAUUGACGUUGAUAGCGUUAAAUAAAUGGGAGCGUUCCAAACUUCCCGGAGGCUCUUGCAUACCUUGCUGGAAUGGUUCGACUAAGGGAGGCGCCCGUAUGUCUCCAUACGGGUGAAUUAGUGUGUGUGUAUUUAAGAACUGGGAUUGUUGUACAAGUCCCCCCAAAAUAAGCAUAGACAUUUGCUAUUUUGAUCUCAACUUUACAAUUUAAAAUGGAGACUCGGAGGUUCGCAACUGGUUCCAUUGCCAAUCCUGUUCAAUUUCGGGACCAGCACUAUGUAGCCCUCCUAGAUGCGUGCGUUAAAUCCGGUUCACUGUUCUCUGACCCAACCUUCACCCCGGACCAGAGCUCCAUCGGUAUGCCUACCGACCCAGACCCCAAAAAGGAGAUCAAGUGGCUGCGACCCAAGGAGAUCAGUGCCAAUGCUGUGUUUGUGGAGGACACAACGUGUACCACCGAUAUCUGCCAGGGCCAGCUGGGUGACUGUUGGCUUCUGGCUGCCCUGUCCUGCCUUACCAUGCACCCCAAUCUCUUUGUCAAAGUGGUACCACCUAAUCAGAGCCUGACAGAAUCCUAUGCUGGCAUCUUCCACUUCAUGUUCUGGCAGUAUGGUGAGUGGGUGGAGGUGGUAGUAGAUGACAGGCUACCCGUACGCGAGGGCCGCCUGCUCUUCAGCUACUCCUGUACCCGCAACGAGUACUGGAGCGCCCUGGUGGAGAAAGCCUAUGCCAAGCUGAUCGGGUCAUAUGGGAGUCUGAAGGGGGGUAAUAUCUCAGAGGCGAUGGAGGAUUUUACAGGGGGCAUAGCCUACUCCCUCCCUGUCUCCUCCCGCGCCCCCAGGGUCAUGUGGAAAGCCCUCUCUGCUGCCCUGUCCCGUGGCAGCCUGCUCAGCUGCUUCAUACAGGCUAGUAACUAUCGUGAGAUAGGCACAGUGACUGCAGAGGGAUUGGUGAAGGGCCAUGCCUACGCCAUCACAGACACUGACACGGUGAAGAAGCCGGCUGGUGAGGCCUUGUUGCUGAGGCUGAGGAAUCCCUGGGGCUUUGUGGAGUACUCUGGACCCUGGAGUGACAAGAGUAAAGACUGGGAUGAUGUGGAUGCUGCUGAGAAGAAAAGGAUUGAUCUGAAAAACAGUGAGGACGGAGAGUUCUGGAUCAGUGCGGAGGACUUCAACAAGCUGUUUGACACAGUGGAGCUGUGUAGUGUGGAACCUGACCCCAUAGUGGAAGAGGACACAUCCACUGACCCCGACUCCCCUGCAGACCCCCCCUCUGCCUGGACCCUCAGCUCUCACAAAGGCUCCUGGGUAUCGGGCUCCACUGCAGGGGGGAGCUGUAGUUACCCUCGAUCCUUCUGGAAGAAUCCCCAGUUCCAGCUUGUCCUUGCCGAGCAUGAUGAUGAUAUAGAGAUGACCCCGGGGGAGAAGAAGGUGGCAGAGAAGCAGAAGGAGAAGGCAAAGCAGUGCACCGUGCUGGUGGAACUACUGCAGAAAGACCGGAGAAAGAAGGAGAAAAUCAACUUCCUCCACAUCGCCUUCCACAUCUACAGGGUUCCUCCAAAGCUCCGGGGCCUGUGUCUGGACCAGAGCUUCUUCUCUUUCAAGCAGCCUGUGGGGAGUUCUGGGGUGUACCAGCCUUUCAGGGCUGUGUGGAGGGAGGUGAGGCUGGACCCGGGAAACUACGUGAUCCUGGCCUCCACCUACAGUCCCAACCAGCCAGCGGAAUUCUUCCUCCGCGUCUACUCCAAGACUGGCAACAAUCUGGGGACCCAAGACUUCACUUGCUCCACUGGCUUCCUCAUGGUAAUGUCAAUGCCACCAGUCUUGCCAGAGGAUCGCAAGAGAGUACAGAAGACCUUUGAUGAGGUGGCGGGGCCGGAUGACAAGCUGAAUGCUAAGGAGUUCAUGAAGCUGGUUAACUCAGUUCUGGAGAAAGACUACCAGCUGCCACUGGAGACAUGCAGACAGCUCAUCUUUGGAGAGGAAACUGGGGGGCGUAGCAGUCUGACCCGAGAGCAGACAGAGCCUGUGCUGACCUCUCUUCGCAGUCUGCAGUCCAUCUUCUUCAAGUUUGAUCAGGACUCUUCAGGGACUAUGAGCCCCUUUGAGCUUAGUCUGGCCCUCCAGGCUGCUGGUGUGCAGUGUGAUGGCCAGGUCAUACAGCUGCUGUGGGAGAGGUUUGGCUCUGGGGAGCUGCACCUGCCUUUCCAUGGCUUUGUGGCCUGUGUCACCAGGCUGCGCAAGCUAUUCGCCCUGUAUAAAUCAGAGAGCAACCCUGAGGUCAAAGACGGAGGAAUCAAUACUUGGCUGCUCCGACUCCUGACCGUGUGAGCGUGCUCUGUAAAGGGGGUUUCUGCGUGAGCAUUGCAGGGGCAUUCUAUCUGACCAGGAACAUAUGAUAACAUCAUGCCUCUGCCGGCGCCCUCGUCCACACACACACAGGCGCACACGUACACCACACACACAAACAGCCCCUGGCCUUUGUCACCAUAAGAUACCCCGCAUAUCAGUUAAGUAUUUUCAGCAAUUGAGUCAAGUGUUUUCAGUUCUACAGCCAAGUAUUUCUUUAACCUUUCAUUAUUUGAGUUUUAAAUAGUGAAAAUGUAGUUGAUGCUCUGUAGUUGAAAUGUAUCCAAAAAUAAAAAAAUGUUGUAAAAAUGAAUCCACUUUGAUAAUGUAAAAUUAUUUCUGUGUUUAUAAAUACAGCCCAGCCUCACAUACACGGUGAGUACGGCCUGCCCUGGUGAGGGAGUGAAGGUGAUGUCUCAACCGCGCAGCACACACCGUCUCUAUACUUAUCAUACUGACGCCACGUACAGCAUCUACACGCACUCGCCGCCUCCUCCGCUACUUCCCUAACUCCCUCCUUCGCGCUCUGACGGAAGUCAGUUUAGUUGUUAUCGACGAUAUAACAUUACUACCACUAUAUCUCAGUUUGUUACUAUGUGUCCUCAGGACUUGCCUCAAAUUAAUAUUAAUAGUGUACAUCGAAUUGUUAAAUCAGCCUCGGAGACUCCAGCGAGCAAGAACGAAAAGGGGUUCAAGAUGUAUAAUAGGAAGCUACAUAGACAACUAUGAAGAUGGAGUUAAAGCACUCCGUACCAGUGAUUGGUCCAAAGCCACUGCUGCUGUGUUGCAGGAAGUGGCCCUUCUUUACCAGACAGCGCACUACUCUCAACUAAACAUUCCUGCUGCACCACCAGUUCACGCCUGCACAGACACAGAACAGCGUUGGCACAAGACAAGAACACUUAAGUUCUCUCUACAAAGCACUCAACGGAUACAGGGCUGACAUGGACUUUCUCCGCGUGCCAACUUUUCUCCACUUACUGCCCCUCUUGUGACAACAAUGGAAAUGUCAGCUGACAUGAGUCUGCCUUUGGGCCAGUGCAAGCUGGCAGUGUGCUGUCCUAUCAACUUCCACAGCCAAAGACUUGUGAAAUUGUGAAGAUUGCCGAUGCUCCUUCUCCACCAAUACUUCCAUUAGAUGGCUACAGGCUUCAGGCUUCCCAGUGUGCUUACGUCCUUAACCAUCAGGAGCAGUUCAACCUCAAGGCAUUAGAGACAACCUACGAGAUGUCACACAAAGUCCAGGUUGCUACAAGGGAGCAGAGCAGCAACCCAGAAUGGCAUCAGCUCAGGAAAAUGAGAAUAACAUCCUCUCGUUUGAGAGCUUUGCCAUAUCCGGGGAGAGACCUCAGCUGACCACCUAGCUGAGCAGACGUUCAAGGGAUCACGGAGAUGAAGAGGGGGCUCUGGUCCAUGGAGCCAGUGACUGUACAGGGAUCUGGUAUGCAGACCAUGGAGAUGAAGAGGGGGCUCUGGUCCAUGGAGCCAGUGACUGUACAGGGAUCUGGUAUGCAGACCAUGGAGAUGAAGAGGGGGCUCUGGUCCAUGGAGCCAGUGACUGUACAGGGAUCUGGUAUGUAGACCAUGGAGAUGAAGAGGGGGCUCUGGUCCAUGGAGCCAGUCACUGUACAGGGAUCUGGUAUGCAGACCAUGGAGAUGAAGAGGGGGCUCUGGUCCAUGGAGCCAGUGACUGUACAGGAGUACUGCACACUGAAGAAUGGUAACUUCUUUCCGUGUGGCUUCGUUGUGCACCAAGAUGCUCCGUGGUUAGGAUCCUCUCCAGAUGGAAUCAUAUUUGAUCCCAGUGUGAGACCACACUUUGGACUCUUCGAGGUCAAGUGCCCAAAUGUACCAAGUUAUGUUGACUGCCCUUAUCUGAAGAUACAGAAUGGGGAGCUGAAGUUGAAGAGAUCUCAUGCUUACUACUGGCAGGUGCAAGGUCAAAUCCUUCUCACAGGUUGUAGCUGGUGUGACUUUGUCAUCUGUGCACAGGAGGACAUCCUAGUUGAAAGGAUAUAUAAAGAUCUACAGGUUUCAAAACCUAUAAGAGGGAAGGUUGACAACUUAUUUUUACCACUACCUGCAGAAGUGUAUUAUCUCGCACCUGAAUGGAUCCCCUGCAUGGGUGCCAAAGUUUAGUGGUAUCAUGAAAAAAUAAGUAUUGAUGUUCUUGUGAAGAAAAAUGUAUUUCAUCAAAUGUUCAACAGUUCAGUUAAUCAAUUACACAUCUCUAACAUUGUA